AGAGAAAGAGAGAGAUAGAGAGACAGAGAGAGACGUCGGCCGGUCGUGGCCGCUCCGUGUAGUUUUCAGUUCCGACCGAACGACGGCGACUAACGGGAACCCGCACGCACCGUGACAGGCCCGGAGAAGACAAGCCGUCGUCGUCGACUUUGUACAAUCAUUAUACCGUUCCGCCAUAUACGCUGACGCUGCACGUCGGCCGGGUUCCGCAGCUCGCACGCGGGUGUUAAACGGGAACGCCUCCGUGUAGUACGUACGCGCCGGUGGCGGACAGCCGCACGAUUAAAAGGUGGGAGCACGCGGGAAAGCAACAGUGUUUAGCGAGCACACGAGUGAUCGAGCGAGCAAGCGAGCGAGCCCGGUGCCGCUGGACGAGGGCGUUUUUUUCUCGACGUAGUGCCGGUCUCCGUUCGCCGGGACAGCGGAGUCGAGUCGAUGGAACGUUCGCGGGGAUAUCGGGUGUCGCGUCGAGGACGAUAGUAGGUCAGUGACGCAGGAGAGACCGAUCGUCGAUCUCCGUCUCGCCAGCUCGGCUGAGGUGUGGUGGGACCGGGAUAAAGGAUACGCCGCCAGUAGUUCCGUGAUACAUCGCUGGGAAAAGGAGAUCGCCGCGCUGUACGGGGUUUCCGCAGGAAGAAGGGAGGAGCUGAUUUUCCAUCGAUUUUUUCGAAGCCAGUGCGUCCUCAUCCCGCGCCAAUAUAUCGACGAGAAUACUCGGCUCGACGAGGGGCGGCGGGGCGGCGGGGAGGCUCGUUCGUGGAACGGUGGUUUCGGCGGGCAGUGUCAGUGGCCGUCGCCAACAGGUUAUACAGACGAGCCGGAUGAGUAUUUCGAGAAAUAUCGAGGGGAGAAGUUCGCGAGAGAGGAGCCGGUCACGCGCGCCGCCACUCAUUCUCUCGGAGAAUGAAGAAGAGGUAUAAAAAUAUCUGUCCCUGAGCGGCUCGAGGUGAAAUGCACGGCUGGCCGACCCCCGUGAACCAGGACAUUCGACUCGGGGGUGGCGUGCGCGUUCCUAUGUGACGGCGGGAUACCGCGUACCGGAGGCGAAUCCGAUCAAUCAGUCGCGGGAAGACAGCCACCGACCGUUCCUCGUCUCCUCUGGAGCCAGCAACGCAUCCGCCACGUGCCUUCCUGGAGGUGUGCGUCGCGUACUCGCGAGGAGAGUCCUUCGUCCCCUCUCUCCGUGUGUCCGCCGCCGUAUCCCGUUACCCCGUAUCGGCCAUGAUACACGGGAUCCACCGCCGUCUGCAGUGUCGUCGGGAUUUCGCUGCGGAGAAACAGAUCGCGCCGCGGAUCGGGGGGCUGCUGGAUCGUUCGCGGCGUCGGUAGAGGUUCCGGUGGUACGUCGGUGUGUGGCCUGGACCCUUACGAAGCGGAGCGCGCGACGAGGGAGCCCGGAGACGCGUGUUUUUCUCCACCCAGGUGGCUCGACACGGUGCGCGACACGCUCUCGUGGAAAUGUCCGCGGAAUGCGCUCCUACGAGACGUCGUCCGCUGUUCGCUCGCCCGGACGCAACAGGGAAGAAGCUUGACUGCGAGGCAGCGGGGCCGUGUCCUCCGAGGAUCCACCGCGAGGCGUACGUCUUCGAGGCGAAGGCUCGAUCCGUCGGCACGGAAUACACGCGACAGCCUAGCGACGCGUUCAAAAGGGACACCGCAGCGUACUCCUGGUGCUGUCGUUCGCCACGAGACGUUAUCCUCUGGCUGUGCUGAGCGGCCAACGGAUGCUCGCCGCUGCUCCGGCCGGACCGUUUCGCACGUGUGCGCUGGAAGGGACGAGCAGGGGAGGAAGCUGAUACCUCUGGAACGGAGGCUUAACGAGCCCACGUUCGAACGCCAAACGUUUCGUCGGCCCAGGUACCUGGGAAUAGUCCUGAGAUGCCUGUUAGACGAGGUCACGUGGCGCCCAGGACAACGAUCAUCGAAACCAUCAUCAGAAAGUUCGAUACACACGAUCGAAGUUUUUUAGUGGCCAACGCUCAACAGGGACUAUGUCACAUAAUAUACUGCUCGGACGGUUUCUGUCGGCUGACGGGCUUCUCGAGGGCGGAAGUGAUGCAGAGACCGGCGAUCUGCGAGUUCCUUCAUGGGCCAAUGACGUCGCCUCAUGCGGUCGCAGCCCUCCGCGACGCCCUCGCCGCCGGCGUCGAAAAGCAUUUCGAGAUCCUCUACUACAGGAAAGACGGCACCAAGUUCUUGUGCAGCGAGGUGAUAGCGCUGAUCAGGAGCGAGGUGGACGACAUCUGCUUGCAAAUCAUAAACUUCGAGGAUCUGAGCUCGCAGCCGCCCACGCAGCCUACGAUUCCGCCCCCAAGUCAGACCAACAACAGGCUCGUCACACGCUUCGACAGGGCAAGGGCGUCCUUUCGCGCUGGCCUGUCCAGGACCGGUGUCGUUGGUCCGCCGAGGGUCAGGAAUCGACCGAGAACCACGACCAACCUACCUCAUCGACUUGCUGACGGGACCAUCCUCGACGAGGACGCUUCUGAGAACUGCCCACUAACAUGUGCUUCGCCCACAAUGGUGGAAUCUUGGGGUCCUGGAAGGACCGGCACUCCCCCGCCCGCUCUUCCACCCCCGUCGGCUGGGAGCAACAAUGGUGCAACGUCUGCAGCGACCGCGAACGUUGCACAGCCCAGCACCACCGCGCCGAUCGCCAGUCCAGAGGGUGUGAGCGACGUCUCCCAAAAGUCCGGCAUUUGGGAGGGCGGAAACUUCUCGUCGGCCGGCGGUGGCGCGGAAGGCCCGUCGCGGAGCGUGUCGCACGCGGCGAGUUUGGACGCGAUCUCGAGGAGAACGGUGAAGCCGGAAGCGGCGAGGACGCCGUGUCGCAGUCUCACCUGCAGCGUUUCGACUAAACAUUCGAAAAUCUUUCCUGGCGUCGCGUCCGAAAGCGACUUGCAGAAAUGGCGGACGUCCAAGGACCGGAAGUCGCCGUCGCUCAGCCAGAUGGGGCCGGAUUCCAUGAAACACAAAUUCUCGUUGCAGGACAAUGGAUCGGCGAAAUACUUCCAGGGAGCCAUGCACGCGUCGAACAUGGGGGAAAAGGUUGCCCAGGUAAGCCGCGUUACACACGGGAAAACUACGACCACUUGA